AUGGGAAACAUCUUUGGAAAUCUGUUGAAAAGUCUAAUUGGGAAGAAGGAAAUGCGGAUACUCAUGGUGGGACUUGAUGCUGCCGGAAAGACCACCAUCUUGUACAAACUUAAACUUGGGGAAAUUGUGACUACUAUCCCCACAAUAGGGUUCAACGUAGAGACAGUAGAAUACAAGAACAUCAGCUUUACUGUCUGGGAUGUGGGUGGCCAAGACAAGAUCCGACCACUAUGGAGGCACUACUUUCAGAACACUCAGGGCCUAAUAUUUGUGGUGGACAGUAAUGACCGAGAAAGAGUAAAUGAGGCACGUGAAGAGUUGAUGAGAAUGCUGGCAGAGGAUGAGCUUCGGGAUGCUGUUCUGCUCGUGUUUGCAAAUAAACAGGACCUUCCCAAUGCAAUGAAUGCUGCUGAGAUCACAGACAAGCUGGGCCUUCAUUCUCUGCGUCACCGCAACUGGUACAUCCAGUCCACUUGUGCCACCAGUGGAGAUGGUCUCUACGAGGGGCUGGACUGGCUAGCCAACCAACUAAAGAACAAGAAGUAA